AGAAAAUAAAAGAGAGACAGAGAUUAAGAGGGUGGAGAGGGUGGUGGUGAUAUCGGCAGGUGGGAGAGGCGGGACAGUAGUAGUAUAGCAUGAGUUCGUACUUCGCGAAUUCGUACAUCCCGGACCUGCGAAAUGGCGGGGUGGAACACCCGCAUCAGCAUCAGCAGCACUACGGUGCCGCGGUACAGGUGCCUCAGCAAACGCAAUCGGUACAGCAACAAUCGCAGCAACCUGGCGAUCCGUGCGAUCCGAGUUUGCUCAGACAGGCGGUGUCCGCGCACCAUUAUGGGGCAGGUGGGAGUGCCGGUGGGGCCGGUGGACAACAGGACAUGCCAUAUCCGAGGUUUCCGCCAUACAAUCGGAUCGACAUGCGAAACGCGGCCUACUAUCAGCAUCAACAGGAGCACGCUGGAAUGGACGGUAUGGCGAGCUACAGGUCGGCCUCACCGACCACGGGGAUGGCUCACAUGGGUCUCACAUCCACGUCGAACGGUCAUCCUUCCACGUCGAACGGUCAUCCUUCCACGCCGAUCGUUUAUGCGAGCUGCAAACUUCAAGCAGCUGCCGUCGAUCAUCAGGGAAGUGUUCUCGAUGGCCCGGAUAGUCCGCCGCUCGCCGUCGAGACUCAAAUGCACCAUCAAAUGCACACCCAACAUCCUCACAUGCAGGCUCAACAGGCACAACAGACUCAUCAACAGCAACAGUCCCAACACCAUCUACAGGCGCAGCAACAGCACAUGAUGUAUCAGCAACAACAGCAACAACAACAGGGUACGACGCAACAGCCUCAACCUGGCAUGCAUCCUCAGCAGCAGCCUCAAACGCAGCCACAUCAGGGGGUAGUAGCUUCGCCGCUUGGUCAGCAACAACAACCCGCCCCUCAGCCUUCCACCAGCUCGAACCUACCCAGUCCUCUUUAUCCUUGGAUGCGAAGUCAAUUCGAAAGAAAAAGAGGCCGACAAACGUACACCCGGUAUCAAACUUUAGAGCUGGAAAAGGAGUUUCACUUCAACAGAUAUCUCACGAGGCGGCGACGUAUCGAGAUAGCGCACGCCCUUUGUCUUACGGAACGGCAGAUAAAAAUCUGGUUCCAGAACAGGCGGAUGAAAUGGAAGAAGGAGAAUAAGUCGAAGGGUGAUCCAGGUUCGGGAGAUGGCGACACCGAAAUUUCUCCGCAAACGUCGCCGCAGGGUUGAAAUAACCACCCGGAGGAGUGGAACUUCCAAAGAGGUCUCAUCUCUCUCAGGGUCGUUAAUACCUUAUUUCCAGCACUACCUCCUUCCCCAAACCCCCUUUUGAUGACCUCCCCCCCUAACCCCCGACAAGCCCUCUAUACACUCAAACGCUCCCGCCAAAACCCUAGGCCCCCACUGUCUAAUCAUCCCCAACCAACAAUGACGCUUCUUUUGUCGUGUUAAUCAAGUUAAUCAAGUACCAAAAAAGGAUGACGUAAUAGGAAUAGAAACGAAUAAGACGCGAUGAAGAAAGUUUUUGUAGUAUAGAGAAGAAGAGUGAACGAUGACAAGGGAUCUGUGGUGAGAGAGACAAGAAAAGUACGAUGGUAAAGACAAGGACGACAAGAUUGAAGAAAGAGAACGUAGGAUAGUUGAAGGUGAAAGAUAGAGAAAAAGAUAAAAGAGAAUAAGACACGAAAAAGAGAAAGUGAGAGUCGGAAGAGAAUUUAUGGGAACGAACGAUGUUAAGGAUGUUACGGAAUGAAGAGGAAAAAUAUAAGGAACUGGAUCACACAUGCUAAUCAGAACCACGUUAACCUCUAUUACGUUUAAACGAACAUAAUUGUACUAAAGCCUAUAUAAGUAUACGUCGUCGAAGGAAAUAUACGUAUUUCGAUACGUUGAUUGCCACGCGAUUAUUGUAUGUCUUAU